UCCGUCCGGACCUUUUAUGCUGCUGGACUAACUACGCGCUCAUGAAUGAAGUGUCAUUAUUAACGAUGGAGGCUUAAAAACAACGUACGGUUCGCGUAGUAGUCGCUUGUGGGUCCAUUUGACGUUAGUAAAAGUUUUCCAUUAACUAAGCUCGUAUCCCACUCAAGUUUGUGUGUGCCAAGCCAGGCUGACGGACCAAUAACGUUGCUGUUAGCCUGUUUAGCUAGGAGCGCUUUCAUUAUUUCUUAGUCCCCCCCGCCGCCUCUCAAAAAACUAAGUAAAUAUGUUCGACUUCAUAAAUGAACUCCCCGUGGAGAAGCAGAUAUUUUAUGCUGUUUUGGGCUUUUCGUGGACGGUGUAUAUAUGGGAGGCAUACCUUUCACAUAGACAGCGAAGGACAUACAGGUCAACGACACGUGUGCCUCAAGAGCUCGAAAAGGUCAUCGAUUCAGAAACCUUUGAGAAGUCCCGACUAUAUCAACUGGACAAAAGCAACUUCAGUUUUUGGUCUGGUCUGUAUUCCGAGACGGAAGGAACGCUGAUCCUGGUCCUGGGUGGCAUUCCUCUUCUGUGGGGCCUCGCCGGCGCAGGGACGAAACAUUUUGGAUUCGGCCCCGAGUACGAGAUCACGCAGUCCCUUGUGUUUCUCACUCUUGCAACCCUGUUCACUGCUUUGACUGGCCUUCCCUGGAGUAUGUACAACACGUUUGUCAUUGAGGAGAAGCACGGAUUCAACCAGCAGACUUUGGGGUUCUUCAUCAAAGAUGCUGUGAAGAAGUUCGCCGUGACGCAGUGUAUCCUGCUCCCUGUAACCUCGUUGCUCCUCUACAUCAUUAAGAUUGGGGGAGACUACUUCUUCAUUUACGCCUGGCUAUUCACCCUGGGUGUUUCUUUGGUUCUCGUCACCAUCUACGCUGAUUACAUCGCACCUCUGUUUGACAAAUUCACUCCUUUGCCAGAAGGGGAGCUGAAGACGGAGAUUGAGGCCAUGGCCAACAGUAUUAGUUUCCCUCUUACAAAGGUUUACAUUGUUGAAGGUUCCAAACGGUCUUCGCACAGCAACGCAUAUUUCUACGGCUUUUUCAAGAACAAACGGAUUGUGCUCUUUGACACGUUGCUGGAGGACUAUUCUCCGCUCAACAAGGGAGACGAGGCAAAGCCCGAGCCAACAGAAACUGACGGCGAAGCGAAAGUCAAGCCAAAGCACAAGAAACAAGGCUGCAACAAUAAAGAGAUCCUUGCCGUUUUGGGUCACGAGCUGGGUCACUGGAAGCUCGGUCAUACCGUCAAAAACAUUGUCAUCAGUCAGAUGAAUUCCUUCCUGUGUUUCUCUCUCUUUGCCGCUCUUAUUGGACGCAAGGAGUUGUUUGUCGCGUUUGGCUUCAAUGACAGCCAGCCCACUCUGAUUGGCUUGAUGAUCAUCUUCCAGUUCAUCUUUUCGCCAUAUAAUGAGCUUCUGUCCUUCUGCCUGACGGUCCUGAGCCGCAGGUUCGAGUUCCAGGCCGACGCCUUUGCGCGCAACAUGGGCAAAGCCCCUGAGCUCUACUCGUCCCUCAUCAAGCUGAACAAAGACAACCUGGGCUUCCCUGUUGCCGACUGGCUCUACUCCAUGUGGCACUACUCGCACCCGCCCCUCCUGGAGCGCCUCAGAGCGCUAGGCAACAUCAAGCAAGACUGACGGGGUCGGAAUGGGGGGCGGCGAGCACCGCCUCCUCCCAAGGGCCUCCGGAGACCCAUCCUGGCCGUGUGACGCCUCCUCCAAAUCUUAUUUUAUCUUGUUUUAGUAAAUUCAUUUAAUGAUUGACUCUUUUCUUUUAAAUUGUAAAAUAUCAUCAUAAAUCAACAUGAAUAACGGAAGGGACUCAAGAGUAAACACUGAAAAUAGUGUGGGCAAUGUGUGUUAAUUGCAGUGUUAGUCACUGCACAAAUCAUCUUUUGCAGAUUGGCUAAGUAGAAAUGAUUUGUGCACUGUGUGUACUGUCUUAAAAUGGAAACAGACCCAUGUCGGGUGUCAUCCCUGAGUGGGCUAUGUGUAGUUUGAUAGCAAGUUAACAUAAAAGUCAAAUGGGACAAAGGAUGUGUGACAUAGCUUCACAGACACACAGGCCACAAAAUUCAAGUUGUUGCUUCCGUUGCCAUUAUUUCUUUACCCAAUCAAGAAUAUUAGUCAGACUGAAUCCUUACGUUCCCAGUUUAAAAAGUAGGUCAUUGUGGAUGAUCUCAUAAUGUGCCUCCAAAUUCUUUGUUCUGAUACUUGACCCUGUUAGAGAGACAGCAGUGCUGAUGUUUUUCUUUGCAUCUAAAUUUGACUUGUGAGUUUUAAUUUUCUUUAGGGAAGGGAAUAGAUCUUCUCAUGCACCUGUUUGCUGACUGGGGUCCAAUGUACCUGUUACUGUUGAUAAGUGGGUUUUGAUAUUAAGUUUAACUUUGUUCUCUUGAUUUUGGGGAUCUUGAAUGAACCCAGAGUUGCCUGCCGAUGUUUAUAAAGGGAUAUUACUGGGGGGAGGGUCUGUGAGGUUCCUUGUUAAGACAGGUUUCAAGAACAUUACUUUCUUUGCUGAAUAAAUUUAUUCAAAGCCUUG